AUGUCAUCAUAUACGAACCACCCCGUACCCACACCCGCGGCUACCGAGUCCACGGCCGUCGUCGAGUCUUCCGAGGGCACCUCGGGGGCGUCGGUGGCCAAGAGGCGGCGAAUCAACUUCGCCUGCAACUAUUGCCGCAACCGAAAGACGCGUUGUGAUGAGCAGAAGCCCUCAUGUAGGGCCUGCAUCAACGCCGGCAUCGAGUGCGUCACGACGGACCGCCGGAGGCCCGGCGUUGAGGUCCAGCGCCGUGAGACGAAGCGCCGCCUGUCCCGGGCAUCCAGCGCGUCCCUGACGCAUUCUCUGACGGCCGUCGCGUCUCCACACUCGCCUCGAGAGGAAGUCGAGAGCUCCGAGCCGCCGCCGGUGCCGCCACUGCCGGACGCCCGCGCCAAGACUUCACCUUCAGUAGAGCUGCUCUACAGCCAUACCGGGACACCUUCGGUAGCAGCUCCGAAGUCCGCAACGGUAGCAUUUACAAAGCCCCCAACGGUUCCCAAGGAUGCCGCCGCUACUAUUAUCCUGGAAGACGAGGAGCCUCCCGCCUGCCCGGGCCCGCCCAAGUAUCAAGGAAAGCUACCUGUAGUACGUCCCAGCCGCGGGAACAACUCAGUCGAGAUCCUCGGCGAUUGGUUGGACCUUGCUGCGCGUCGGCUAGGGAUCCAACAAAGGCGCGGCAUGCCAACACGUGCAGACAGGCCGCCGGCUUACCGCAUUCUGUCGUCUGAACCCUGCUCGUUCCCCCCCAAAGAGGUUGCCCGCGAGCUUGCUGCCCGCUACCUCGAAGGUAUUAAUAUGGUCUAUCCUCUGUUCAACCCAGACCGUCUCAUGCGGGACAUCGACACAGCCGUGGAACUCGGCCCGAUAAACUUCGCCGAGGCACGAGGGCUAGCAGCCUUGGUCUCGGUUUACCUCGUUAUGUCUAUCGCGUUUGCUUCCGCGGCACUUUCAGAACCUACACUGGAUCCCGGAGACUAUGUAAUUUACUGCAAGACCCUCAUCGGCCACCUCGUCACCGUCAAUGGCGUCGAGACUGUUAGAUCGUUGGCGCUUCUCGCGUUAUGCCUUCACUGCUAUGACGAGUGCGCUGGGGCUUGGAAUAUUCUCACUACGGGGGUUUCCAUCGCAAUGUCGCUGGGCCUGCACAAAGCUCGCACGUGUCGGGGCUGCAAGGCCAAUCGCCCCGACAAGAGGCCAGACUUUGUCGAUGAUGAAGAGCGCAAGGCAUUUUGGCUCGGCAUCUAUGCCUUUGAAAAGUUCUUGGCGUUCGAGUUGGGCCGCCUUUCUUCAAUAGAGGAUGAAGAGUGCUACCCGGCUCAUGUCGAUAUGCCCACGGGCAACGGUACUUCGUCAAGAGAAAAGGCGUUUCCUGUGACUGUCGACCUUGCGAGAAUACUCAGCGAAAUCGGAAGAAAGGCUGUUAUCGUUAGCCGGAAGGAAGACGGACUCCGAGACGGUGCACUACAAGCUAUCAUAGCUGAAAAGGUUGAGACUACCGGUGAGGCACAGCUGCUCCUCACAAGAUGGGGUGAAUCAGUGCCUGAUGAGCUUAGACCGAUAUCAGACAUCUUGAUCGGCUCAAAACAGUGCCCCUUCGCAUCAUUCAUAUCGAUGCAUUAUAAUAAUGCUCUCGUGAUCCUCUCGCGAAACAGUCUUCUAAUCAGUGAAGAGGCAAUCACUUCUGGCGCCGACAUGAUCGCCAAAGGCAAACCAUGGGACUAUAUCAUGCGAAACGGACAAGCUCUCGCGGCUAAUGCCGCCCGAAAAGUCCUGAGAAUAGUCGUCGAAGCGGUAGACUCCAAGUCGAAUGCGAUUCUCCCGAACCUUCUGGCACCACUCCACGCUCUCUCAACACUAGCUGUUCACGUCGUAACGCACCCUGACUCUCGCAUCUCAACCAUGGACCUACACCUCAUCCAAACCGCCUCAGACUCUAUGAGAGAGAUAUACACGAGGCUUCGGGGCGACGGCUUACUGGACAUGCUGCUACAAAAGCUCGAUUCGUUUCUACACAAAGGGCUACCGACGCCUGGAUCGUCAGAUAACCGGACAACUACUACCUUGCCAUCCAUGACUCCGAGAUCCAUGCCGGAAACCAGCCCUUGGCAGAACGCUGGGGAGACACCGACCCCCAGAUCGGUAGAUGCUCAGUGGUCUGGCAGUGACGACAGCCGUCGCAGGGAAUCAGGUGUCAAUAUGCCUGGUUCUACAAUGCCCUUCUACAACCAAGGAAACAGUCUUCCCGGCGGAACCGAGUUUGGAUUCGACUCUUUUGGCGCGAUGCCCAUGGCUGGCGACGAAUGGUCGCCUAGUCUGUCUGAUGGAAUCGGAUGGGACUGGGCGUGCUUCUCGCAUCUUCUCUCCGAUCAGUAUCAGCCACAGUGA